AUGAACGAUCCAAAUUGGCAAAGACUCUCCAAUGAGUUGAGGCGUCGCGCGGCUAAGGCACGCACUGGCGGUGGCGGUCCCCCAAAAAUGCCCAUAGGGGGACUCUUUUCCGUUGGAGGAGUGAUUCUCGCCUCAGCAGCUAUCUACGCUGUUGGAAACUCUCUCUUCAACGUUGAUGGUGGUCAGAGAGCCAUCGUGUACUCUCGUUUGAGCGGAGUCCAGUCUCGUAUUUACCCAGAAGGUACCCAUUUCGUGCUACCUUGGUUUCAGAGACCUGUGGUGUACGAUGUGAGAGCUAAACCAAGAAACGUUUCGUCAUUGACAGGUACCAAGGACUUGCAAAUGGUAAAUAUCACAUGUCGUGUUUUGUUUAAACCAGACGUGAUGGAAUUGCCCUCAAUCUACAGAACUUUGGGUAAAGAUUAUGACGAGAAGGUGUUGCCAUCGAUUGUGAAUGAAGUAUUGAAAUCUGUUAUUGCGCAGUUCAACGCCUCGCAAUUGAUCACACAGAGAGAGAAAGUUUCCAGAUUAGUCAAGGAGAAUCUUGUGCGUCGUGCAUCGAAGUUCAACAUUUUGUUGGACGACGUUUCGUUGACGUACAUGACCUUCUCACCCGAGUUCAGUGCCGCUGUUGAGGCCAAGCAGAUUGCCCAGCAAGAUGCGCAAAGAGCUGCUUUCGUGGUUGACAAGGCGAUUCAAGAGAAGCAGCAAUUGGUCGUGAAGGCUGCCGGUGAGGCCAAGUCUGCCGAGUUAAUUGGUGAGGCCAUCAAGAAGUCCAAGGACUACGUUGAGUUGAAGAGGUUAGACACUGCGCGUGAGAUCGCCAGAAUUUUGGCCAACUCUCCUAACAGAAUCCUUUUGGACAACGACACGUUGUUGUUGAACACUGUCGCCGACACCAGAAAAUAA